GGCGGCGGCGCCGGGAGCGCCGCGGCCAUGAACGCGGAGAACCAGGGCUGCAGCGAGCGGCUGGUGACGGCGGCCUACGUGCGCCAGGGGGCGCAGGGCCGCCGCGCGCACGAGCUGCGCCUGCGGGCGCUGCUGGAGCAGGGUAAAUGUCCUGAAGAUGGAUGGGAUGAAAGCACCAUUGAAUUGUUUCUUCACGAACUUGCUAUAAUGGAUAGUAACAACUUCCUGGGUAACUGUGGCGUGGGUGAGAGGGAAGGAAGAGUGGUGUCAGGACUUGUCGCCCGAAGGCAUUACAGGUUGAUCCAUGGAAUUGGAAGGUCAGGUGAUAUUUCUGCAGUACAGCCUAAAGCUGCAGGUUCAAGCCUUUUGAACAAACUUACUAAUUCAGUAGUUCUGGAUGUUAUAAAACUAGCUGGUGUCCGGACAGUGACCAGUUGCUUUGUGGUUCCUAUGGCAACAGGCAUGAGUCUAACUCUGUGUUUUUUAACAUUGAGGCACAAGAGACCAAAGGCAAAGUACAUUAUCUGGCCACGUAUAGACCAGAAAUCUUGCUUUAAAUCAAUGAUAACUGCAGGUUUUGAGCCUGUGGUGAUAGAAAACGUAUUAGAAGGUGAUGAGCUACGGACAGAUCUUGAAGCAGUGGAGGCAAAAAUCAAGGCUCUUGGUGCUGAAAAUAUUCUUUGUGUGCAUUCUACAACAUCUUGCUUUGCUCCAAGAGUACCCGAUAGGCUGGAGGAGCUCGCUGUGAUUUGCGCUAAUUAUGACAUUCCACAUAUUGUCAACAAUGCAUACGGAGUUCAGUCUUCAAAAUGUAUGCAUCUUAUCCAGCAGGGUGCUCGAGUUGGCAGAAUAGAUGCUUUUGUUCAGAGCCUGGACAAAAAUUUUAUGGUUCCAGUAGGUGGUGCUAUCAUUGCUGGCUUCAACGAGUCUUUCAUUCAGGAGAUCAGCAAAAUGUAUCCAGGAAGAGCAUCUGCAUCUCCUUCUUUAGAUGUCCUCAUUACGCUUCUGUCUCUGGGAGCCAGUGGCUACAAGAAAUUACUGAAGGAGAGAAAGGAGAUGUUUUCAUAUCUUUCAAGUGAGCUGAAGAAGCUGGCUGAUAACCACAAUGAGAGACUGUUAGACACACCACAUAAUCCCAUUUCCUUAGCCAUGUCACUGAAGCAUCUGGAUGAAAAUAAUGAUGCUGCUGUCACCCAGCUUGGAUCUAUGCUUUUCACAAGACAAGUUUCUGGAGCAAGGGUUGUUCCCUGUGGGUCUGUACAAACUGUGAAUAACUACACUUUUAAAGGCUUUAUGUCACAUGCAAAUGACUAUCCUUGUGCUUACCUCAAUGCUGCCUCAGCAAUUGGAAUUAAAAAGCAAGAUGUAGAUGUGUUCCUAAAAAGACUUGACAAGUGUCUGAAGACUUUUAGAAAAGAAGCAAAGCAAGAAAAAAGUAUAAAUGAAAUAAGUGAUGCUAACGCAGCCACAGAACAACUUGAGGACUAGAAGAUACAGAUUUAGUAACAAAAGAAGAUAAGGUUUUGUCUGAAGGAUGUCGGGUUGGUAUUGCAUUACAACUGUGCAUCUGCAGUGCAGAAAUUUAUUCUUGGUCUUAUAUUCUUGUUAUUGAAAACAAUAAUAAAAAUUUGGGUGGAAUUCAGCUUUAAGAAAGUAGGUGAUACUCUCUCCAAGAACAAAGAACCAGACACCAGUUUUUUGCAGUGUAUGAAAUACACUUAAUAUCUGCCAAAGUAUAGCUUUAUGUUUGUAAAGACUUAGUGUUUGUCUUUCAAUCUGUAUGUGGCUAUUUGGACCACUGUUUACCAAACCACAAUAUGUUUAUUCACACAUUUUUGUUUAACAAUAUUGUCUGUUGCAGUGAAUGAAUUCCCUCCUAGGUAUAGACCAAACAGCACAUUUCUCUGCUCUCAAAAUACUUUGUUUUUCAUCAGUGUGUGUGUCACUUUUCAUUUUUUUUCAAAGAUUUAUGCAAAUGUUGGAAUAGUGCUUACUAACUACAAGUGUUCAAACUGCGUGGGUAAAUGACAGAGUUGAAAUAGUAAUGUUUUUCAGGUGUUCUCAUCUGUCAUGAACUACCUAGAACUAGUCAGCCUCCAAUGGCAUCGAGGAACCUAGGGUGCUUCAUAUCCUGUCAGUACUCAGCUCUUGAAAACAUUUGCACGGUUCAGCAGCCCAAAGGAGCUUUAAUAGGUACAGUCAUUGGUUUUGGCUUUGUUUUAUUUUUGUUCUUCUGAUUCAAGAGGGUGAUAGAUCAAAAAUUCACUGGAAAGGAGGAAUGCCAUGUAGGACUAAUGUAUCAGUUUUAAGAGCCAGUGAGACCUGGGAGUAUUUUGGCAUUUUUAGUCCACUGUUGUUGAAAUUUAUAUACUUUGAUUUUCGUAGUGCCUCUUGCCAUUGGCACUGUUGCUUCUGUGGAUCUGUGCAGUUGCUGAUUUGAAUUCAUUAAACAAACAAUAGAUUCAGAGUCUGUUCCUCAAACAAAGGUUCCAUAUCACUGGAGUGACAGUGCUGCAGGUUACAAAAUGUGUAGUUAUUCUUAAACAUGGUUACUAUAUUGUACAUAGCUUCUAUGUCAUUUACUGUUCAUAGUAAGCAUAAUGUUCAAAGACAUUUUCUUUGUCAGUAAUGUAGUGUUGUUCAGGAUACUACAAUUAAUGAGUUCUAAAUGUUGGAAAACAUUUUUGUUAUUUUGUUGGGUGGGAUCUGAGACAUGUAUCCUUCAGAGCCCUCUGUAAAUCACUUAAUCAAAAUUGUUGAGCUUUUGGGAGGUUGUCUGUCCAGCACAGUCAAAUGAAUUCAUGCAAGAGAUGAUGCUAGUAUGUGGGAGUUAAUAAUGUGCUAAUCAUCGUGAAGGUGCUCUCACUUAAUGAGGUCCAUUGUAUCUUCAGCAGAAGCUGAACUGCUGCUUCCACAUUGUUAUUGCUGGAGUUACACAUUAGAUUGAUUAAAGCUUAUGCAGGUAGGUACAGCUCCCCAGACUGCAGUCACCAUCCUUGUUUGCUGUACAAACACAUCCUAGGAGACAUGUCAGGUAACUUGGCCACUGAGCCCUUGUGGCAGUAAGGAGAUGUAAACAGUUUCUUUUCUUUCCCCUCCUCUCCCUCCCUCCCUCCCUUGCCCCCCCCCCCCUUUUUUUUUUUUGAGAGAGAGAGAGAGAGCAUGCUGUACCUCAGUUUUUCCAGACAGUAAAGCUUCCACAAACUUUGGAGCCACAUCUCUACAGGUUACUGCCUCAGUAUUCUGUAUAUUGGAGAAGCCAGUGAAAACCACCAGGCCUUAGUGAUGCCUUUCUUCCUGGUUUUGAUAAUGCCUGAAAGAGUACAAAGUAUUGAUUUAGAUGACCAGAAGAUUUAGUCACAGAAUGUGAAUGUUAGCACUAUUAUGACAGGAGGUUUGGGGAGAUAUGUGAUAGCACCUAAAUAUAGCGAAAAUAAUAAUAAAGUAAUUCAGUCACUUCUAGCAUAGAUUGCACUACUUCCUCGAUUAAUUUUUUUUCUGCCUUUGAAAUGUUUGCCAUUUGCAAUCAAAGCUGAAAAUUUCAAAGCUCUAGACAAGAGUUCAUAGACCUAAGUAGUUUUUGAUUUUUAUUUCUUAAACCUUUUUUAUUAAAAAAAUAAGGUGUAUGCUUUAAUUGAAAAUGAAUAUAAAAUUUAAUUUGUGUCAUUCAAGUUCUUCACAGAUCUUAGUGAAGCCACCUGAAGUGAGAAAAUCUAAAAUAUUUGAGAAAUGCGUCUCACCACAAUGUAUAAACUCUUAAACUAAGUAUUCAUGUUAUAUUGCUUUGGUAAGCUUUUGUACCAGUUUUCUGUCUUGUUUUCUUGCUUUAUCCUCAUAAAUGUCUUCAAUUUUAAUUAAUAUUAAUUUUUUAGAGACAGAACCAUUCUAUAAUGUCACAUAAACGUAAGGAAAUUUUAAGUAAUUCAAAUGGCAACAUCCUUCCAAGUAAAUGGAGAAGACAUGGUUCUAUACAGCAUAUUUGAAACAGGAGAUUCAGUAGAGGAUAAAAAGUAUUUUUCAAGUAAGAGUAUAAAUUUCUUAUUGUCUUUUCAGUAAUAUCUAUAAUAAAGUAGUGAAGUAACACUGGAGCAUAUAUCUCCAGUGAGCAAAGCUUUAAUUUCCUUUGUGUAACAGUUACAGGGAGAUUUCAUGGCUAUGGCAGCUCUCGCCCACUAGAAGUAGUGCUGUGAAAGAUGGCAGGGGCAUGGGCACGUAUCAAACUGCGCAGUGUACAAUAGAUAACAAGUACAUCAGCAGUGUUUGCCUUCUAUGAAGAUCUUUCGAAGAUUGUACAGUGAUGUAGAUAAGCUUCUUAAUUAAGUUGCAGCCCUUUUUCUAAUCUCUACAUCAUUACCAAAGGCUUUCACAUAGCUCAAAAAUCUGUAGGAUUUGCUGGCUCCAGCUUCUAUAUUAUGAGGGAAACAUCUGGAAAGGCUACUUGGGCUUCAGAACAUACUCAAGAUUUGUAGAGCAGGAAUCCUUAGUACAAACACCAAGAAGAGAUGCCCAUUUAGUAAGACUGUCUCAAAGCUACUGUUUAUGUAGCUUACCUCUGCAUCAUCUUCUAGGUCACAGCAUGUAGUUAGGGUGCAAGGGUAAGCAGGGACUGCUCAGAUUGCUGCAGUCUGAGUCACCAAAGUGACUUUCCCCCCUUAGAGGACCUGCAACUGUUGUGUGAGGUGCUUUUCUUUCUCUCUGAUGUUUCAUCUUAGACUGUCUGCAUCUAUACAGGUGGAAGAAAUGAGGGACCAGAUGGCUAUGCCUUAUAAAAAUAGCACUGGGAUAGUAUGGUGCAAGUGAACUGACACUGAAUGACCCAUCUCACAGGCCCACUUUUAGUUUACUUUUUUUUUGUAUUAUCUGAUAAUCAACAAAACAAAGGACUUGGAGCAAUAAUAUUGCCUAUUUGUGCUUUGCUCGUAACAAUUGCCUAAGAUACAAAGCAAAUGCAAUCUACCAGAUGCAGCAAAUUCUCUUGAGCCUAAGAAAGCAAAACUGUAAUGUUGCAAAUGUAAAUGCUGGCAUUGCAACUUAAUACACAUAUAAACUGAGCAGUCUAUAUUGUGUGAUCAUCAUUUUUUAAGAAAGGCUGGAGCCCAGAGACUAGCAAAUAUUCUCAUCUGCAGUGUAUCAGCAGUUCUCAGUCUUCAGCUGCUGUACAGAUAAUAAUUCUAAUUGAAGAAUCAUUACAUGGAUCCAUAUGUGAAUGAUAGAUGGGCUACAGCCUUUUGUUCAUGAUACUUUAAAAACUGAGUUGCUCUUUUUACUUUUAUAAGGGGAGACUAGAUUGCCUCCCCCACCUUUUUUUUUUUUUUUUUUUUUUUAAAAAAAAAAAAAAAAAAAAAGGCAACAUUUUAAUCACCCUGAUGUGACAGGUUUUGGAAUCUGAAGGGAAAACAGUUCUUAUAGCUGACAUAUUUUUUUAAACAAUAGCUAUUUGAAGCCUUAAAUUGGUUACAAAGUGAUAUUCCACAGAGGACCUUUGUUGAAAUAUUUUUAAUUCUGAAACUUGUGCUUGAAAAAUUGUGUUCCAUGUGCUCUGUAAUAAUUGUUUUUCAUAUAAUAUACUUUUUUCCCCCCUCAAAGAUAACAGCAUACACUUUAGUGCAGUUUAAUAAUCCUUUUAAAAAAACAUAGUUAAAAAGGCAUUUGCUCCAUUACUCAUCAAGCAUCUGUUGUAUCAAAGAGCUGGUAAUAUAUUUAUCUUGAUGGAUAAGCUUUAGUGUUCUGGACCAAGUUCAAUGUAACUGGACCAAGCUUUCAAUACUCCUUUGGGGAUCCUAAAGUCAAGUUCAUGAUCCAAUUAAGAUGGGUGUGAUAAUUAUAUCUGCUGCUGGACAGGAUUCUUUCAUCAAGCCAUUUCAAGUAAAUUCAAAGCUGAUCCAGUUCAGAAGCUGAAUUGAUUUCUUAAUGUGGAUGGUGAAAUUUAAUUUGCCCUUAGAUCCUGUAUUCUGAUCCAGGCUGAGUCAGUUAUAGCAGAAUUAUAACUGUUUGAUUUUUAACAUAACAUGAAAAGAAAGAAUACAAUGGUUUCAGCUGGGUGCUACCUUUCCUGUUACUUGUUCUCAAAGGGCUGCAGAUGUUAGGCUGCCAUCUUACACCUACUGCUUGGAGGGUGGCGUUGGUCAUGUACGCGUACGAUGACAGCAGCAGAGGGGUGUGUGUUACUGAUCUUUGUCUAGGCAUCCCAGGUAGGAACACACCACUUGGGAAUUCAAGAUGAGCAUGUAGCAUUACUACUGAUCUGUUUUCUCCAAAAACUCUUUCUGAGGCCAAUUUCCUGUUACUGAAGUGUACCAGAGGAGCACCUGGCCAAAAUACAGGGAAAAGGAGCAAGGUCACCAACAUUUUUGAAGCUUUCUACAUUGGUUAUGUGUUUGGCUCUUGUGACAUAUAAAGCUCAUAUUGCUCUGGAAACUCACAUAAAGAAUGUUUGCAGCUAUUCUUGUCCCUUACCUAAACUAUUUCUGAGCUACCUCUGUAGGCACUGGGGCAGGGUUCACUGCUCCAGCACUGCAGCUGGUGGUUCACAGGUGCAGCCCUGAGCUCUUGCUGCAGGAGAAUUUGAUGCCCAGUAGGGGAAAGCAUUCUUGCUUUGCUUUGAUAUUAAGCACAUAUGAAGUAGAAUUAGUUUGCAGACACAGCUACUGUUGAGGAGUUAAAGCUGUAACUUUCUGGAGUCUGAGGAACUGCAGAAGGGAAAAGAGCUUAGUUUGAUCUAAAAUAUGUCAAAUUCAGAAAUGUACCUGUUGAGGGAAAGUAAUAUGUCUGUUAUUUUCUAGAGAAAUGUCUUUUUAAAAAAAUUGCAACAUACUGUAUAAACUCUUGAUUAAAUGUAGGUCUGCUUAUUACUCUCA